AAGGGAUCGCUCGCGAAGAAGACGCCUGCGCCCCUCCUCCUGUGACGGGCGCGCUAUCCAGGGGUUGAAGAGGGCAGGAGGGCGGGGAGGGAGAGGGCUGAAGUUGGCCACAAAAAGUCGCCUCCGUCCUCACCGCUGCUUUCCCUUCUUCCUCCGCGUAACAGACAGGCGCUCAUCUCAUUCCGGCGAACCCGUGGAGAGUUUUGCAACCACUUGGAGAAGACGGAGAGCUGCAAGGGGUGUUGUUACUCGCCCCCCCUCCCUUCCCCUUCUCACUGUUGGGACUUCCUUGCUAGUUUUUCCACCGGUGGUUUUAAAAAAACAAAACAAAACAAAUAAAGUCUGUUUGGAAAUGGCAAAGGCAGUGACGCCUGGAAAGGGAACAAGUGUGGGGCAAGCCAGAGGAAGCCGGAGCUAAAUGACAGGAUGCAGGAGACUUGAGGAGAUACACAACAAACAGAGAAGCGUCUCUUGUACCAACGGGACUCUUACUGCCGCCGCCGCCGCCGCCUCCGCGCUGCUGUGCCGACUGAGCCAGCUUUCUGAUCUUUUUGCACCGGCCCUACUGGAGGAUUUAAGAUCUAAGAGGAAUUGUGCACUGAAGAGACCGGAUAGGCUAUUUUAUUCUUUCUUCAGUCUUUCUGUACUGAGAAAGGAAGAUGGAUUGGCGACUCUUCCUGCACUGUGUUGCCCUCACCAUUACCCUUGGCAGGGCUUUGAAGAGUGAUAAAUGUGGCGAAAAUAUAAGAAUCGUGGAGCCUGGGUAUCUCACCUCUCCUGGCUAUCCAAACACUUAUCAUCCAAGCCAAAAAUGUGAGUGGCUGAUUCAAGCUCCUCAACCAUACCAGAGAAUUAUGAUCAACUUCAACCCUCACUUUGAUUUGGAGGACAGAGAGUGCAAGUACGAUUACGUUGAAGUGAUUGAUGGAGACAACUCAAAUGGCCGAGUGUGGGGAAAGUUUUGCGGCAAGAUCGCCCCUCCUCCUGUGAUAUCUACAGGACCAUACCUCUUAAUCAAGUUUGUCUCUGAUUAUGAAACUCAUGGAGCAGGCUUUUCCAUUCGCUAUGAAGUUUUCAAAAAAGGACCAGAAUGCUCCAGAAACUUCACGUCUAUGAGUGGGGUGAUCAAAUCACCAGGAUUCCCUGAGAAAUAUCCCAAUAGCCUUGAAUGCACUUAUAUUGUAUUUGCACCAAAGAUGUCAGAGAUUAUAUUGGAAUUUGAAAGCUUUGAACUGGAACCAGAUUCGAAUCCUCCAGCAGGAGUGUUCUGCCGCUAUGACCGCUUAGAAAUCUGGGAUGGAUUCCCUGAAGUUGGUCCUCACAUAGGCCGAUACUGUGGGCAAAACACACCAGGCCGUGUUCGCUCUUCAACCGGCAUUCUUUCCAUGGUUUUCUACACCGACAGUGCAAUAGCAAAAGAAGGCUUCUCUGCAAACUACACUGUCCUGCAGAACAGUGUGUCGGAAGAUUUCCAGUGUGCUGAACCUCUUGGUAUGGAAUCUGGUGAAAUACAUUCUGACCAAAUCAGUGCCUCUUCCCAGUAUAGCACCAACUGGUCUUCUGAACGGUCUAGAUUAAAUUACCCUGAAAAUGGGUGGACACCUGGAGAAGAUUCCAACAGAGAAUGGAUACAGGUGGACUUGGGCCUUCUCCGCUUUGUUUCUGCCAUUGGGACCCAGGGAGCCAUCUCAAAAGAAACGAGGAAAGAAUACUUUUUGAAAACAUACCGAGUAGAUACCAGCUCCAAUGGAGAAGACUGGAUUUCAGUCAAAGAUGGAAAUAAUAAACCUUUGGUCUUCAUAGGGAACACCAACCCCACUGAUGUUGCUUACAGACCAUUUCCCAAGCCAAUACUGACUCGUUUUGUUCGCAUCAAACCUGCAAGCUGGGAAACCGGGAUAUCACUAAGAUUUGAAGUGUAUGGCUGUAAAAUUACAGAUUAUCCUUGCUCUGGCAUGCUGGGUAUGGUGUCUGGACUCAUCACGGACUCUCAGAUUACUGCAUCAAAUGAAUUUGAGCGAAACUGGAUCCCAGAAAAUGUGCGCCUUAUAACGAGCCGUGUUGGGUGGGCACUACCACCACCCACCUCUCACACAUACUCAAAGGAAUGGCUUCAAAUAGACCUCGGUGAAGAGAAGAUAGUGCGAGGCAUAAUUGUCCAGGGAGGCAAACACAGAGAAAACAAAGUCUUCAUGAGAAAGUUCAAGAUUGGAUACAGCAACAAUGGAUCGGACUGGAAAUGGAUUAUGGAUGCCAGCAAGAGGAAGGCCAAGGUUUUUGAAGGCAACACAAACUAUGACACCCCUGAACUCCGUGCCUUUGAGCCUAUAACAACCAGAUUCAUCCGUGUCUACCCUGAAAGAGCCACCCACAGUGGAUUGGGACUGAGGAUGGAACUAUUGGGCUGCGAAAUUGAAGUACCUACCUCUGUCCCAACCACUCCUGACAGCAACCUUGUGGAUGAGUGUGAUGAUGACCAAGCAAACUGCCACAGUGGAACAGGUGAUGACUUCCAGUUGACAGGCAGUACCACAGCCGUGAUAACAGAAAACCCAACAGCAGCUGACACUACAGUACAGCCAGAACUCCCAGCAUAUGGUUUCAACUGUGGUUUUGGCUACAGUUCUCAGAAGACAAUCUGCCGUUGGGAGCAUGACAGCCAACUUGACCUGAGGUGGGCAGUGGUCACCAGCAAACCAGGACCCAUUCAGGACCACACAGGAGAUGGCAAUUUCAUUUACUCACAAGCUGAUGAAAACCAGAAAGGCAAAGUUGCACGGCUCAUCAGCCCCAUCAUCAACCCGCAGAACUCUGCAGUCUGCAUGACGUUCUGGUAUCAUAUGCUGGGUGAACACGUUGGCACACUGAGGAUCAAGCUGCGGUACCAGACGCAUAGAGAGUAUGAUCAGGUCUUGUGGAUGCUGACUGGAAAUCAGGGAAACAGCUGGAAAGAAGGCCGGGUCCUGCUCCAUAAGUCUGCAAAGCAUUAUCAGGUGAUGGUAGAAGGAGAAAUUGGAAAAGGAAAUGGAGGAAUUGCAGUGGAUGACAUUAACUUUGACAACCACAUAGCACCUGAGGAAUGCCGAAAGUCAAACGACGCAGGGAGCAAGAAAGCCAAAGUAGAGCCAGAUAUUAAUCAAACAGGUUUUACUCCUGAUUACCAUGAGAACGGGGAGACUUUCAACGACAACAUCUCCAGAAAGCCAGGAAAUGUGCUGAAGACUCUUGACCCCAUUCUAAUCACCAUCAUAGCCAUGAGUGCACUGGGCGUGCUUUUGGGGGCGAUCUGCGGCGUCAUUCUGUACUGCGCCUGUUGGCACAAUGGGAUGUCAGACAGGAACUUGUCUGCCCUUGAGAACUACAAUUUCGAACUGGUGGAUGGUGUGAAAUUGAAAAAAGACAAACUGAACGCACAGAAUACUUACUCAGAGGCAUGAAGAUGUAGGAGCAGCUGAAGAAGUUUUAGAGAAUUGAGGCAGAAGAACAUGUAACCAGCUUAAGGCUGGGGAACUGUGGAUCUUCUAUUACUGUACAGCCUGGAAACUGCGUUGAGGACGCUGAGCCAAGCUUUUCUCAGGAGCUUCAGUGAGUGUAACAGAUAUCCUAAAACUUGGACAACAAUCUGUGUUAAACAAUCUGAAUCAUGUACAGUCUACUUCUGUUUUAAUUUGAAAUAAUCAAAUGCUGGUGUUGAGACCAAGUAUGAUUGACUUAAGAAGGGAUGUUUUGUUUUGCUUUCAUUUUGCCUUCCCUCCCCACCUCCCUCUUGGUUUGUUUCCUUCCUCCUUCCAGCCCCCUCUGCAACUUUUGAUGAGCAAGUUUUACUUUUUACUGUGCAAAAAUCCAAGAUGCUGUCACAAAGUGUAUUCCGGUGGGGGUCCUUUAGAUGGACACGCUCUCUGUAGCUCAGUGCCCAGAAGAAGACUAAAACAUUUGGGAGUAACAGCAACUUGGUGGAUUCCUGAACCUGUAUUUGUGUAUAAUUGCUUGUGUUGUGCAUAGGCAAAGGAGGGUUAGGGGUGUUUUUGAAACAAAACAAAAGUACUGGUAGCAUCAGUACUGGUCUAGUGUGUCAGCUCUGUUUACCAAGCAAUACAGUCAGAAUUUUAUUGAUGUUUCUCAGUGUUGUGCUAAACUUUUGUGCUUGUGAAUUCCAUACAAGAAACAUGUGCCAUCACCCAGAAACAACCGGCGAACCAAGUGUACUGCCUAACACUGUAACAAAAACAAAGCAAAAGUCCUUGGCACUGGCUAGUGUGUGUCCUCUCAAGUGCCUUUUUGUUUGUACUGCUUCUCAUUGUGUUAUCAUCAACUCCAGCUUUGUCUCUCUCUCACACUUUCUCCAGUUAAAAGUCCUUGUCCUUAUUACUUACCCUAAGGGCUCACUGACUAACGAGAAAGUAUAUUUUAGUGUAAGUAAACCUUGGGAAGGCAAGGGCUUAAGGAAACGGGACAACCUGGUGGCUUGAUUCUUCCACUUCCUUGUAUUUCAGUUUCAUGUCUCUGGACCAUUUUUGUACAAAGCUGCAAUAUCUCCUGCCUUCCUCCUCCUUUUACGGUUCUUUCAUAUAGAAUGUAUUUUCAAAUAUAAGCGAUCUCUCUCUUGCUCUCUCCUCCUCUUUGUCUCUACGUAGAUUGUUGCAUAAGCAUUUGCCAUUGUCAAGGAAAGGGAAAUGCAGCUUUAAUUUGCUGGUAAUGGCAAAAAUAAUUUUAUUAGACUUUUGUGUUGUGUUUUGUUUUGUUUUGUUUUUCUAAAGUAAGGGAAAUUUCUUAACUCUACCCUCCAAAGUUGAACUUUGGGUUUUCUUGUUAACAGCAUAAAGUGACAGUAUCUGUUUUUUUCCCCUUUAGUAAGCCAUGCAUUCAUAUUAAUAGACGGCAAUGAAUAAUUUCCCCUGCAAAGUAAAGGCCAUUCUUGCCAUCUCUUAGCCCUGCUGUCCAAUUUAAAGGUGGUCAUCUUGGUGUAGGAUUGAUUUAUGCUAAUUAGGGUUACACUGAUGCUGCUACAAAUAGAUGGUGCUUAUGUUGGCUUGAUCAACAAGUUUCUUGCUAUACAAAAUUCAGUACAUAACAUAUUAAUCCCAAAUGAGGACAAAACAUUCAAACAGAGAAUGUACCAAAACCACAUGGGGAUUUUGUUGCAAAUUACUCUUGUGAGAGCACUGUGUAUACAAAUUAUUUGUAGGUCCACUUUUUUCCCCUUUCAGGAACAGCUGACUUAAUGUUCAAAAUUAAUGUCUAUACAAUGUAAUUGAUAACUGAUGCAAUGCAUUUAGGAAUUAAAUGAUUUUCUGAAAUAAGGUCUUAAAUUACCACAAGAGUCACCACAAGGUGAUUUUGCCACCUCAGUGCUGUGCGUAUGACAAAUAUUUUGUUCAAAUGCACCUUGACAUGGUGGGAACUGGUAUUUACUGUAGCAGAGCAAACCUUUAAAAACUAUGCUUUGCUCCGGGAAUAUCGCCCACACAAGGCUGUAUUUCAGGCUCAAUAUUUACCAUGAGAAAAAUCACCUUAACAAAACGUAGCAUGUGAAUCAACUUUUAGAUAUCCAACCUAUACUGAAAUUGGCUGACCUUGCCAGUUAAUUAUCCCAAAGGGAAGAACAAGCUCAAAUAAUUUUUGACUGCACUUGUUUCAUGUAAUAUUUAGUUAUGUAAUCAUUGACUCUUAUUUCGUCACAUGAGCAUCUUAAGAUCCGUGACCUCCAUGCAUGCAAACAUUGUUUAAGGUAGGUGGGUUUAAUUGCAAAGACAUGCACUUGGCAGAACUUGGAAGCAAUGAGCCAAGCUCAUGUUUCAUCAUUGAGAAAAACUGGUUCACACAUGCAUGAACAUAUGAAUGAAAAAACUGCCUUCCACUGAGUCACACCAUUGGUCCAUCUAGCUUGAUAUUGACUAUACCAACCUCCCAGAAGUUUCAAGUAAAGAAAGGUCUUUCCUAAAUCUGCUGUAUGAUAAGCUUUUAAAUCUAAGUGUGCUGGAGAUUGACCUGGGCAUGUGUUCAACCACUGAACAAUGACAUUUCCUUAUCAGUUUAUCUCAUCACUUCAUUAUUCAGCUUGGGGUGAUUCUCGGUUAAUUCUGUGAACUGUCUCCAUAGUAGAAUAUUGUGUUUUGAGCUGAUACUAGAUAAUGUGUUAAAAAAAAUAUUUGAUACAUCAUUCACAUAUGUGGGUUAUCACUUGAUAUCACUACGAAACACGUCAUAAACAUGCAUGUGUGAACCAACCCCAGUAGAGCGCAACCUCUACUAUUAUUUGGCCCUUAUUUAAUGAACCAAAUGUUAUUUAGUGCAGAACCAAACCCAGAAGCGGCACGUUCUCUGCUCCAGAAGACCGCUUAAAACCUUUUAAGUGACGUUGCAUGGAUCUUAAGUUGCUCAUGUAAAGAGAGCAGUAUCACAAGCCUCUCUCCGGGAGCAACAUGGAACAUGUGAGCAUGAAUAUAGACUCGUGACUAUCACAGAGGGGAGGGGGAAGCCCAAGUAAACUCAUUCAAAAAACAUUUCAAUUUUUUUUAAAUGGAUAGCGGGGUUAGCUAUUUGUUUUGUUCUAGUUGGAACAGUAAAGCUUUUGGCUGCAAUCCACCAGGCACUGCCAGUAUGCAUCCUCCAUUUGUUUCAGUGUGUGCCAACUCCACGGAAACAGAUCAAGCUCUACAAGUGUAGUGCUUCGUGCAUUGCACCCUUUUUCCUAUGGCUUCAUCUAAAGUUUCCCGUGCCAGCAACUCAAUGCCUGUGAUGGGGAGGCUGCUGCGCCACUGUCACAUCCCAGAAUAGGGAAGGGGGAGUUCCAUGAAUAUUAUUCCAGCAUGGGGCAGAUAUGUCAACACAGACCUUUGGAGCCGAUGAGCCAGAGUGCAAAUUUGUAGGAACAGAAUAAGGAAACCCCAAUGCUGUGGCUGUUUAAUGCUAGAACAGAAGAACAAGGGAUAUGAUUUCUUCAAACAGGAAUUGAAUGAAAACUGCCCUUUCAAGCAAAGGAAAAAACGAUACUGCAACUUUAGAUGGAAAAGAAAGUAUCUUGCACUGAUAAAUAUAUUUAAAAAAUAUAUGUUUAUAAAGUUAUUAAUUUGUAAAGGCAGUGUUACGAAAUGUUCAGUUUAUAUUGUUUUAGAUUGUUUCAUAAUUUUGAAAGUGUAAAAUAACAUAUUUUUUUCUUUAUCAAAAAAAAACUUAUAAAAAUCCUUCUGUAGUAAAAUGAAUUCAUUUUACUGGUAUAUUAUUGCUUCAUGUUUUGUACCAUCAUAAAAUUUUGUGCGGAUUUUUUUACAGAAAUUUUUUAUUUUCUAUGACAAUAUGACACUUUUAAAUUGUUAUUUCAAAAUGAACAGCGAAGCCUUAACUUUAAAUGACGUUUGUAUUCUCGGACACUGAGUAGCAUUUAAAAAAGGGUGGGGGGGAACACAUAGGAUUGAAUUGUAAUUUAAAAUUUCCAAACAAUGACUACUACAUUCCAAAGAAACAGUUGAAUUAAACAUUUUCAUAAAAUA